GGCGGUGCAGCUUGUGCGACUGGCGGUGAGUUCGGGGGCGUCGUGGUUUUCCUGCCAUGAGAUACAACGCGACGAUCCGAAUGGGAUUCUGGAGGUGCUGGAGACGCCUCCGGAUUCAGGUUCGCCUCUUCCUUGUCAAGUCGUUCAGCAAGUCGGGCCUCAGCAGCGGCACGAGCUUCAGCCAACGCGGUGGCCGCUGCUCCACCCAGAGAUUUGAGCUGAGCCAGUAACCCCACUUCCUCUUCCAGAGGACUCGUCCGUGCUGGUACUGUCGACUGAGGCCCUUCUUAGCUAUCUUUCGCUGUCGCUCCUCUUCGCCCGCAGCAGAGCCAGAAGCUUCGGGUUCGACCAGAGGAGGGAUUGAGGAAGAAGAGCCCGUCACUGGCUUAUCCAGCGGCUUCUUGGUGGUCAUCUCGAGAGCCUUCACUUCACGCGCACGGACAAGCCACGAUGAUUUGCGUUUCCCUAGAGCUGCUCCUGGUGUCGCAGUCGAUACCAGCCCAUUCGAGUUCGCCGCCUCGGUCGGCGCUCGCAUGGACUUGCGGAAUAUCAUCGGCGCCGGUAACGAGGGAAGAGAGGCGAGGCCACCAUCAACAUGGUCAUCGGAGUCCUCAGCCUCCACGACAGAUGGCAGAGUAGUAGAAGAUUGGUUCGGAGUUGGCAAACUCAUUACUUCGCGCGAGGGGCGUUGGGAGAUGACUCAGAGACAGGCUCGAGUUCGAUGGACUUGUCGUUCGUGUGGUUUGGAGAGCGCGAAAGAGGAUCGGACGCGUCUGCCGAAGCGCAGUCACCAACAGAAGCAUCCAACAAAACAGCCUCAGCUGCUAUAACACCUUCCAUGGGAGCGGUAUGGAAUGAGGAACGGCUGCGCUCGGCUUCGUCGUCCUCUGCAAUCAUAGAGAGAUCGUUUCGUUCUGCCACGGCAGGCACGAGCGCAUUUGACGACCCGGAGACCUGGUCCUCGCUGGCAAGUUGGAGAAGCACGUCCCGAUCCACCACGACGUCAAUAUGAUCCAUCGCUUUCGAAUGCGGCGGCGAAGCGACAAGAGAUCCAUGAGAUGUGGAAGAUUGUGAUGCAAAGGGUUUCUCGGCCGUCUGAAGUAGAGCUCGAUGGAAGUUAUUAACAGGAGCUAUGUUCUCCUUCGAUCCAAGCUCAUCCUUGUCCUGUACUCAUGAAUAACGUUCCGGGGGGAAAUUCUGAUGGCACACCUCAAGAGACACCGUUAUUACGGACUUCAGAGUUGUACUGGACACAGGCUUCUUCAUCGGAACUCGCUUACGAGCAGGAGUUUUCACCAGGUCAAUAAGAGGGCUUCUUAAAACCCUUCAGCCAAGUCACCAGCAUAGAGAAACGGGCGAGCUCACUCUUGACGUGGACUCGCGAGGAUGUUGUCUAGAUAGUCGUUGAGGAAAUGGAGACCUUGCUUCUGUAUUUGGCCUUCAAACGCCGGCCGACCAGGAUCGUUGGCCAUAGAAAAGCGAGUGGCAUUGCACCACUCCAGUAGACCGGGGUCAGUCAUGUCCUUGCCGUUGAUGGUUGAAUCGAAGGGAUAACGCGUUGUGGCUUGUUUGUCAGCCAUCACAUGAUCGAAAUGGUAUGCACACGCGUUCGCGGAUCCUCAUCAUGAUGGCUAGACCUUGAGGCUUGAGUGACGUAGACAACAGCACUAACGAUGUCCACGCUGCCCUUCUGUUCUGCUCCUCAACAUGGAGUCCUCUCCCCGUCCCUCUGUGUCUGCCGAUGAAGAUGUUCGAGAGGACGAUGAAGUUAGCGUCACGUCGACCAAGACUGUGGACGAGAACAACAUGAGCGAACGGCAGCUCAGAGACCUGUACGACAGUGAAGAGAUCGAUCGCUUCCUAAGCCUGUUCUCUGCGUAUGUUAAUGAGGUCGAGCUACAAGAGGAAAACGAACCACCUAAUUCUCCGGACUCGUUGUGGAGCAUGGGCACAUCUGCUAUCAGUCUCCUACAACAGGGCAGUCAGCCUUCAGCAGAACCAAAUUUCGUCGACGGCAAUGACAGCUCUGAUCCUGAUGACCCCCAAACACCGGAAGUCAUUGUGCCCUCUACUUUUUCAGAGCGGAUCGCUCAGAACUUCCUUUGUCCUGUCCUGCCGCCUUCGAAAUCAACACCCACUUUCACCCUCGGAAGACUGAGAUUGACUACACAGCGGCUUUAUCUGGCCACCCUUCCUGUAUAUGGCCCGUUCUUGUCUAAUCUAGCACGACUUGCCACCUGGGAAAAUCGAUACGAAAGCUCUCUUUUCUGCUCCAUAUUUUGGCUUUUGUGGUACUACAACCUCCUUCUCCCGGCGUUGUUUUUCCGAAUGUUCUACUCCCUUCUUCGCCGGAAAAUCUUCUCGUAUCCAACUCUUGCUGAACUAAAAGCACAUCGAGAAGAGAUUGAUCGUGCCGAUGAAUUUGGACAAGAAUUCUCUACAAGAUUCUCUGCAUCAUCGUCUUUAGGUCUCAAAGAGCUGUGGCGACUGUUCAAGGUGUUCAAUAAAUCUAAGAAAUCGAAGGCGAAGAAGCUGGCUACGCGCGCUCAGAAUGUCGCAUCGCAAGAGUCGUUGCAAACCCUGGACGAGUCUGGAGAGGCGGCUCCCACCGUCUUGGAUUCCGAUGACCCGAAGGAAAAUGUUGAGAAUGACCUGAAGCGGGUCGGCCUCCAAGUGCUCUCCGAACUUGCCGAUCUACAUGAGCGCAUCAAGAAUAUCUUCAUCUGGCGCCGUCCUGCCUCAUCAAAGAUGUAUGGAUCGAUCAUACUUUUCCUGGCUCUAUUCACCCUCGUGGUGCCUGCCAAGUACAUCGCUAAAACAAUCUACUUUGUCGGUGGAUUUAUGUUCUGGCAUCUAGUGCCAAUCAUAGCUGCUCUGUCUCCAGCGGAUCGGUCCCGGUUGCCUCCUCCUUUCAUGGAUGUUCCCACUGAUGCAGAGUACGCAAUGGACCUCAUCUCCCAGCGUGUAGCUGCCGGUCUUGACGUCCGACCGACCAAGAUCCGUCCAAGAGAUAAGAAGGAACCAAACAACGAAGUUGACCAGGAGGAAAACUUCGAUGCGUACCAGCCUUCGUCUCAAAGAAAGCUGGACUCCAAUUUAAAGAAGCUCGCCCAUCGUGCUGCUGUCGGAAAAGCAUGGAUCCAAGAGGGGAAACGUGCGUUGAGUCCGUCGAGCGAUCAGCCUGGUGCUAGACCUCAUGCAAUCGCUGAUGCGCACACAUUCCCGGCGCAGCACUCCAAUGCACCGGGCUUGAUCACGUUGACUCCCGAUACUCUUUUCUUCACUCCUAUAUUCUCUUCCAACUCUAAGAUCGAAAUACCAGUCUCGGCUUUGAAAGGCGUCAAGAAAAAGAACGGCUUGAUGAAUGCGCUCGCGAUCACGUGGACCGAUGGCAGUGCCGUCGAUAGAGAAGAAAAGUUUAGAUGGCUAACUCCCUCUUCCAAAGACCCAAAAGUCGUGCGUGUCACUGGCGCGUCUUACACGUUCUCUGCCGAUAUCUGCAGCAUCAUGUUCUUCUCACCCGAGCUGCUGGCCAAGCGCGACAGCGGUUUUGGUCUUCUCUGGCUGGCCGCGACAUUGGGGGCCAAGUCGACGUUCAAGAGGCUUCCAAAGCGUUCGGUGCUGACAGCAGACAUCGCUCAGUUGUGCGACUUGAUCGCGGAGCCUUCUGAGCCUUUGGCUCUCAGACUGUCCAGUAAUUUAAUGGUCGGAGUAGCACGUGUUUAUAAAGUGAAACAAGAGAUCUUCUACACCGACGUAACCCACUGCGUCACGUCACUCAAGAAAGUAGUGCAGGAGAUCCAGUCUGCAGCCACAUCCGGAACAUCAAUGCAGAUGGCGCAGCCGACCGCCAAACAUUCAGCGUUGACUCUCUCCAAGGAUCCACGAGCUGCGUUCCUCAUGGACUUCGAUGCUCUCGUUGCGGACUGGGACGAAUUCCUGAACAUCGGGAACGAAGCAGAUGGCGAUGAAGAUUCCGGCGACGAAUUCGAUCCUAAAGCAAAGUCUGGCAAAGCUAAACCGAAAUCAAAACUCAAGGCACAGCCGUUGCCAGCUGAGGACGCCAGGGCUGACAUGUACACUUUGAAGGAGCCUGAUCUCAUCCUUUCCAACUCCUUCGAUCUUUCCUUCCAUGCGAACGGAGGAGAACCUUCUUCGUCACAAUUCGGUGGAGGCUUCGACAUGAACGACGCGUUUUCAGGUGGAGCGGAUAUUCUGGACCUGGGACUAGAUAUCAGUGAUGAACUGGCGAAAGAAUUGGGAGAAGGCUGGGGCACUCUUCCCGAUCAACUGAAUGGCAUGAUGAUUGACGAUCCGUUUCGCAAUAACGAGCUUGACGUGCCGAUGGACAUAGACUUUGGCGUUCAAGACCCUUUUGAUAUACCAUUUGAUCCCACUCCGAGAAACCAGUCGAUGCCACCCGCAACUCCUAGAAAGAGGAAGCAAGGCGACACUGAGCGCAAUAAAGAGAAUCUGCUCCCUUCCAAUUUGAGGCAGACGCCAAACAGGGGACUUUCCAAGAGUCCCGCACCAACAUUUUCGCAGCAGCUGCUAUCGCAGGACAGAGAAGAGUCGCAACUCCCACUGCAAGAUAUCACCGAACAGAACAGGGAGCCAGGCAAUAGGGCAACAAAGAAAGUGAAGAAAACUAGACUUCUGUUAGAUGCUCGCACAGAAUUGACCGACGAGGAACUGAAGCUUGCUCGUGCCGAAUACUUGAAAGGACAAACGAUCCUUCGACGUGAAUUGGAGCAAAAGAAAGCAGAGAAGGAUGGUGCAAAGAUUUUGGAGGAGCUGAUGUGGGGAGUUCCUCGCGGAUUGCAAGCAGAACCGCUCGUGGAAUUCUGGCAGGAGAACUUCAAGGUACAAGUUGAAGCUAGGACGGGUGUCGUAUUCCUCCAUCCGAACGAUGAGCCACCAAGAAAGCGACGCAAGAUCAGAGGUGAAGCUAUACAGGAAGACGCGGACAGCGAUCGGCCAGAGGAUGAAUUGAGGGACCGGGCUCUGGAGUAUGGUGAUUUCAACAUCAAUGAGAUGGGAUUGGAACUGGAUUUGGGUGGAAGCGAUCGUGUCAGCAUCGAUCGAGCGGACAUCCGGAUGAGAGGCAGCUCUCAAAGCCGUAGGGAAAGCUCGCUUAUUCCCAGCCAAACGGGAAGCGUGAUCGACGGACUCGAGUUCUCGCCGAGCGCCGCGAAGAACGCGGACGAUGAUGAGUUCGAUGUGGGCCACCAGGGAGAGAAUUCCAUCGACGAGUCGCAGCGCUCGGAGAUGAACUUGAUCACCUUGGAGAGAAAUUCGUUCAAUUUUCUUGAAUAUGUCCGGAUGCAGCAGCAAGGUCUCCCCGGAACUGCGAAAGAUCUGAGCUUCGACGGGGUCGUGCCUAUGGACACUAGCACCCGCCAUGUAGCGGCAGCGGCCUUUUACCACUGUCUGGGUAAGCCGAUGAUGCCAACCCCUGUUUCUACUGUUCAACACAAGCUACACAGUGCUGGCGACGAAGGAUUUGCUGCAUCUCAAGCAGAAAGAGCCAUACGGACAGCUGUGGAUCACGAUUUGAGGAGAAGAUGGUCGGUUCUCCUUAAAGUACUUGCUGAUAACCCCGAUAUCGAGCUGUCUUCCGUUUCUCUUCGUCUUCUCCUUAGCCGGCGUGCAUAUCGUCGUCUCCCCACCUUCCCUCUCCAUCGCAAUCCGCCCUUCCGAACGCACAUGUCGUCUCCCGCCGUUCUCGCCGCAAAGGCGGCUCUUGCCAGCAUCGAUCUGUCCAACUAUGACCCCGAGCAAUCCCGCCUGAUGGACGAACGAUGUAUCCUGGUCGAUGAGGAUGAUAACGCCAUUGGCGCGAUGGACAAGAAGACGUGGCUUGUUGCACCGAGCGUUUUCCGCGUUCGUGUUCCGCCCUCCGAUGGCAAGCUGCUCUUGCAGCAGCGCGCGACGGAGAAGAUCACGUUCCCGGACAUGUGGACGAACACCUGCUGCUCGCAUCCGCUUGAUGACUUUGAGAUCGAAAAGGUGGAGAAGGAACAGCUGGGAGUGCGUGCUGCGGCCUCGAGGAAGCUGGAACACGAGCUCGGCAUCCCGACGAGCCAAACACCUGUCGACGAAUUCCAAUAUCUCACCCGCAUACACUAUCUUGCUCCAUCCAAUGGAAUGUGGGGCGAACACGAAGUCGAUUACAUUCUCUUCUUCACUGCCGACGUAACUGUCACUCCUAAUCUGAACGAGAUUCGAGACUACAAAUAUGUCGACAAGGCUGAGCUACAAGCAAUGUUCAAGGACGAAUCCAACUCGUUCACACCUUGGUUCAAGCUCAUUGCGCGAGACUUUUUGUUUGGGUGGUGGGAUGAACUGCUCGCUCGGAAGAACGCUGAGGGUUUAGUUGUUGCGAAGAGCCUGGCAGGUGUUGCCGAUGGUUCCAAGGUCUUCAAGAUGUGAGAUGCGAUGAUAUAUGUACAAGUUGGAGCCCAAUCCCGAAUCCCAAGUGCGAAAAUUA